AUGGAUAAUUUCAAUAAUAAUAGUGAUACUCAACAUCAACAACAAGAACAAUCUCUUAUUGAAUAUAUCGCCAGUAGUUUAAAGCAAACAAUACUUGCAGAAGAAUUUGCAAGUACAGGAAAAAAAGUUUUUGUUAAUGGUAUGGAAGUGUAUGAAUAUUAUGACUUGGAUAAAGAUUUGAUGACAAUUUAUAUAUCAAAAGUUGAUACAACUGGUUCACAAAAUCCUAAUAAAAAUAUACUGAAUGAUACUGACUUGUUGAGAUGGUGGAAAAAUACUUUAAAAGUAUUGAACAAAAACAGUUUAAGCCAACAACAAAUAAAAGUUGAUAAUGUAAAUAGUUGGUUUUUUAUACCUGGUGUUUUAUCAAAAAGAGAAGCUAGACUACUUAUUAAAGAUGCCAAUAAUAAUAAUAGGGAUGAUGAUGAUAGUUUUUGGAUAUACGAUUAUCCAUAUUCUGAUAAUGACAAUGCAAUUGAUGUUAUUCCAAUAUUUGAAGAUGAUCCAAAAUCAAGAUGGAUAAAUAAAAAGAAUGACAAGAAUGAAAAAAAUUCAGAGCUAAAAGUCAAAAUGUUUUGGGAAUUGUUGGCUAUUGGGACAGAAUUUGCAACAAGUAAAAAUUCUGGUUUUUUUUGGUUAGAAAUUGAUUUAGGUGAAAGAAGUAAAAAUGGCAAUGAUGGUGACCAAGGAUGUGAUUUAUUGGAUGAAGAAACGUUUAUAAUGUUAAAAAAUGGGCUAUUGUUAAAAGAUUUUGGAAAUGAAACACUAUCAAUUGAAUCAACGGCAUCUUGGAUUAAUUAUUUUGAUGAAUUAUUAUCAAAUGGUAUUAAUAACAAGAAAACAUCUUUUACUGUUGAAAUAAAUAAUCAAAUUGAAGAUCAACAAGAACAACAAAAUAAUAUUGGAACAUCGUCAACAACUCCUUCAUCACAAUUUCAAUUAAGAAAAAUAAAUAAUUUAGUCAAAAGAAAAUCAACAACAAUAUCAUCUUUUGUUGGCAAGGGUAAUGAAGAAGAUAAAAGCUCAAAUAUAAAUAUUUUAUCAACUUCAUUAAUAAAGAGGGUUUUUUGA